CGAGAAUCCUGCAGCCAAGUGCAUAUACAUAUACCCAUGUAUAUGUGUAUGUAUAUAUUAUUCUCUUUCGUACCCUAUAAGUUUUGUUAGAUGAAAAUCCUUAGAUGCCCACCACUUGUUUGAUCAUAUUCCCCCAAUCUAAAAUAGCGAGAAACGUUCUUAUUGGUCUGAGUCUCUCUCUCACUCUCUCUCUCUCUCUUCCUUACCUCUUCUGAUAUUUCUUAAUCGACUCGAAUUCUCCAACUCCGACAAAAAUGGGUCGCCUUGUAUUUGACUGACGGGUUUGAUUCAUUUUCCUUUCUUCGUUUCUGAAAUCGGGUCUCUUUUUUCCUUCUCAUUCAAAGUAGUCUCUGUCGCGGGUUCAUCAUCUUCGUGGAGAGAGUUUUAUCUAUAGUUGAUCGUCGUUAUGUCUAGUCCAAAAAGCAUCAAGCCGAAGAUCGUCAACGGUCCUGGUGGUUAUAUACUACAGGACGUUCCUCACCUCAUCGAUUAUCUUCCUGAUCUUCCUACUUAUCCAAAUCCAUUGCAAGACAAUCCAGCUUACUCAGUGGUAAAGCAAUACUUUGUUGAUGCAGAUGAUAGUGUUCCUGAAAAGAUUGUAGUACACAAGGAUGGUCCAAGAGGAAUCCACUUCAGACGCGCUGGUCCACGCCAAAAGGUUUACUUUGAGUCUGAUGAAGUGCAUGCCUGCAUAGUUACAUGUGGAGGUCUCUGUCCUGGUCUCAAUACCGUUAUUAGAGAAAUAGUUAGCAGCUUAUCAUACAUGUAUGGAGUAAAGAAAAUUCUCGGAAUCGAUGGUGGAUACAGAGGAUUUUAUGCCAAGAACACUAUCCCCUUAAACUCUAAAGUCGUGAACGAUAUCCAUAAACGAGGAGGAACAGUCCUUGGGACUUCACGAGGUGGACAUGAUACCACAAAGAUAGUUGAUAGCAUCCAAGAUCGAGGAAUUAAUCAGGUUUACAUUAUUGGUGGAGAUGGAACACAGAGAGGAGCUUCAGUAAUAUUUGAGGAAAUUAGAAGGCGUGGACUUAAAGUUGCUGUGGUUGGGAUCCCAAAAACGAUUGAUAACGAUAUACCUGUUAUAGACAAAUCUUUUGGGUUUGACACUGCUGUGGAGGAAGCUCAACGAGCGAUCAACGCAGCGCAUGUUGAAGCAGAGAGUAAUGAGAAUGGUAUCGGUUUUGUUAAGCUUAUGGGUCGUUACAGUGGAUUCAUAGCGAUGUAUGCUACAUUAGCCAGUAGAGAUGUUGAUUGCUGUUUGAUUCCCGAGUCACCAUUUUACCUCGAAGGAGAAGGUGGACUCUUGGAGUUCAUAGAGAAACGGCUCAAGGAGCAUGGCCACAUGGUGAUUGUUCUUGCUGAAGGAGCAGGACAAGAUCUGAUGUCCAAAAGCAUGGAAUCUAAUACUCUCAAGGACGCGUCUGGUAACAAACUUCUUAAAGACGUCGGCUUGUGGCUAUCACAAAGUAUCAAGGAUUAUUUUAAGAAGAUUCAGAUGGUGAUGAAUCUCAAAUACAUUGAUCCAACAUACAUGAUCCGGGCUGUUCCAAGCAAUGCAUCAGACAAUGUCUACUGUACACUUCUUGCUCAGAGCGCGGUUCAUGGUGCAAUGGCUGGUUACACUGGCUACACCAGUGGUCUUGUCAAUGGAAGACAAACAUACAUCCCUUACUACGUAAGUUACUGA